AUGUUCACAGAAACGGAAGAGAAGAUAUACGCAGAGCCGUGGAAAGAGUUCUGCAAAGAAAUUGCUCAAGUUCCUCGGCUUCACGGCCCAACCUCGAACCUCAUCUCUAGCUGGGACUCCCUCGUUGUCGUACUCACCUCAACACUCACCUUCCCCAGUUCCGAUACCAGUGUCACAACAACGGAUGUUUCUCCCUCACCAAACUACAAGCUCCGCAUCUACCGCCCUCUCAGUGCAACUGGCAAGGAGAAACUAGCACUCUACAUUCACGGUGGCGGCUGGGUCCUCGGUUCCAUCGAUCAGGAAGACGCCAUCGCUCGCAAUAUUGCCAAAUCCAAUAACCUUGUCGUCAUAAGCGUUGGGUAUCGUCUCGCGCCGGCGCAUAAAUGGCCAGCGGCACAUGAGGACUGUGCCGAGGCAGCGAAAUAUGCUCUUUCUCAUGCCUCUGAACUUGGCGCUGAUCCCGAGGCGGGCAUUCUCAUUGUGGGAUCCUCUGCUGGUGGGGGAAUGGCGUUCUCAACUGCACUGAGACUGAUUGACGAUGGUCUAGGAGCCAAGGUCAACGGGGUAGUAAGUAUGGCGCCCGUGACGGUGCAUCCAGACGCUAUUCCGGAGGAGCUGAGGGAAAGAUAUACGAGUUAUGAGGAACAUGCUGAGCAUACUGUUAACACUAAGGACGCCAUGAUGGCUUUCUUUGCUGCCUAUGCUACCUCCGCCACAGACCCCUACUUCUCGCCGUUGCUGCACCCAAAACUGAAGGCAUUGCCACGGACAUACAUUACCGAGAGCGGUACAGACACGCUACGAGACGAUGCGAGAUUAAUGAAGGAGAAGCUGGAGGCAGAGGGUGUGCAAGUAAGGUACGAUGCAUAUGAAGGGUAUCCACAUUACAGUUGGACCUUUCCAAGUCAGCAUCUCGCAGCGCACAUUAAUGAGUUCUUUGGGAACAUGGCUGAGGGUGUCAAGUGGUGCUUGGCUGGGUAA